GUCAACCACGGUGGUACCUUAGUUUGGGCGACACAAAUGUCUAAAAUAUCCCUGGUAAUUUCACUUUAGAAUUUUUUGGGUUCUUUUGUAGAGCCAAAUUACCUCUAAUAAUUUCACUUUAACGAGACCUAGAAAAAUAAAAUGGGGGACGAAACUAACAUUUUUCCUCUCAUUUGUCCAUGUCAGGUCGUCUACAUCUCGGUUCAACCAUGGUUGACGAUUUUUUUAAUGAAAUUUUAACAGAAGGGCACGUUUGAUAAUUUUUCCAAAGUACAAAGGCAUAUUUGAUGUAAAAAAUAGUAAAUGGGCAUGUUUGAUAAAACUACAUAGUAGAGGCUAAAGGGGCAUAUUAUACCUAUAACCCUUUUUAUUAAUACAGGAGAUUUUUUUUUUUUUUUGAAAGGGUGUAACGCACCACGCACCAUUACCUCCCGAUGAUUAAUAAAAACGUACAAUAAAAUCGUUGAGAGAGUCAUACAAGUAGUAAAUUAAUGAGCAAUAGUAGAGUGAAACAGGAUAGACAAUGUCUGUAACAACUCGUAAAUCAUGGCGCCGACCCAAUGGAUCAAACGACUAUCCGCUAAGAAAUUCAUCUUCCGGCCGAUGGACGUGGACAUUCUCCCGAUGAUUAAUUGCAGCAGUGGUAGUGAGAAAGUGGAUAUCUAGAUCCACGGGCGCAGUUGUGGCCACAGGCGUUUACUGAAUUAGCAGCCGCAGCAGAAGCAGAAAAAGCAGCAGUAGCGCUCCAUCCGAUACAAAUAAAUGUACUGACUUCGGCAGUCGGCACACUGCAGCAGCAGCACCACCCUCUCUAAUUUAAUGUACGAUAAAAUUGAUAAUGGUCCCUUCUCUUCUCUGUGCUGUCUCAGCUGGCUGGCCAUUGGUUCCGAUCCCUCCCUAUAUUCUGCUAAUUCUGAUCUAUAGCUUCGGCUUAGCUCAUUGCGUCUGCUGCUGCUUCUGCAGCGUCGGACUUCUGUUCUGUCCGUCCUUCAGUCUUAUGACUUUGGCUGGCAGAAGAGACGGCAGGCAGGCAGGCAGCGCCCCGUUUUCACCUUCUUCUGCUGCUGCUGCUUCUUCCCAGUUUGGGUUCCCGAGCCUCUUUUUUCUCUCUUCGUGGUUCGGUCUAGUGGAUCUAACCCUAGCUCAGACCAUAUGUGAGUUUUGACUGUUUAUUGUUGCUAAUUAAGGAGGGAAUUGAAACUUUGUUUUGAACAAUAAGUUGAUUUUACAUCGGUUGAUCCACUUUAAUUUGUGUUUAAAAAUAUGGUUAGAUAGAAGAAAGACAGAUUUUGUUAUUAAAGUUGUAGUUGCGCAGAUGAUACCGGAUCGAAGAGAGACUAAUUCCUCUGAUGCAUGGAAAGUAGCAAUCCAAAAUCUGCAGAUUUUUUACUUGUCAAACUUGAGCACGCAUCCGACUGGAGGAAAUGGAUUGGUAAACAAACGGCAAGACAUAACGAUCUGCCAUGCAUGUAUGUAAAGAUGUUGUCCCUUGCAUCGCUAAGAACAAUUUCCAAACAAAACCAUAACGGUGAUGCAACUAGAAGCCGACAUAAAUUAAACAAGACAGAGCUCAAAAUAAAAAACAUCCAACUCGCACAAUUUAUACAUAGAAUUACGAUAAUAACGAGAAACGUACUAAUUAUCAAGACUCAAGCGCACCACUUUCCGAAUCACACUCCCUCGCACUCCUACCCUAGUAAUACCUUCUACUGAUUUUACAAACUCUCCAUACUCAAUUGUGACAUCAUACUUACGCGUUUUUUCUACUAUACCAACAUUUGAAAUUCCAUUCAAAUUAAUAUAUAGUACGUACUAUUUUCUAACUUUUUUUUUCUUUACGUCUUAUCGUUAUUUAAUUAAGGAUAUCGGACAUAAGACAAAAAAAAAAAAAGUUUGUGAUUCUGAAUUCCCAUUUCCCACUCUUCUCUUGCUGGAUUUCCUUUUUAGUUUUUUUUUUUUUUGCUUUUGUUUCCUUUUGUCUGGGAGCUAGCCAGAGACGACGGCCAGGAUUAACCCAACUUGACACCACAACACAAUCCUCCCUUUCUGCCGAUCAUUUUCUCAUCGUAUUUAUUAAUCCUAAUUCCUACCUGAUGCACGUAUUCAUCAAUAAAUUAAAAUAGAUUUCUAAGGAAGUAAAUAAAUUAAUAAUUAGAGUCUUCCAAUCUCAAAUCUACGACUUUUUCAACCAUUGCUUGGACCAUUUUCUACACACACAAAAAAAGAAAUAAAAAAAACCACCAUUAAUAAGUUUACGGGUGGGGAGGUGGAAACAGAGAGAGCAGCCGGCAAGGAAGUCUAUAAUAUUCCAGACUCAAUCUAAUAAAGUAUGAUAGACGAC